ACUCAUCUAGCUUCGGAAUUGAAUUCGCAAGACACUUACACACACACACACACCCACACACACACCCAUACCCAAUCCUUCAGCUCACUCAACAUGUCCGUCUACGUUGUUACCGGCGUUUCCAGGGGAAUCGGCUUCGAGUUCUUGAAGCAGCUCUCGGAGAACCCCAACAACCUGUUUGUCGGUCUGGUCCGCGACAAGGCUGCCACCGAGGAGAAGGUGGCGGCGGAGCUGGGCGACCGGCCCAACGUCCACAUCGUCCACGCAGACCUCACCAAGUACGAGACUCUCAAACAAGCGGCCGCCGAAACUGCCGAGAUAGUUGGUGACCGUGGCAUCGACUACCUCGUCGCCAACGGGGCUUUGGUCCCCCACUUCGAUGCCUAUGCCCCGAUCGGUGUACUGGGCGACAAGGUCGAGGAACUCGAGGCUUGUGCCUCGGACGUUUUCAAGACCAACGUCGUCGGCAAUAUCCAUUUUUUCAACCUCUUCGUCCCUCUCGUCAAGAAGGGCAAGGUCAAGAAGGUUAUUGCCAUCACCACCGGUGUUGCCGACCUCGACUUGACCAACGAAUGCGAGGUCGAUGUCGGCUCCUUGUAUGCUGCUUCCAAGGCAGCCCUGAACAUCAUUGUAGCCAAGUUCAGCGCGCAAUACAAGAAAGAGGGCUUGCUCUUUCUGGGCAUCAGCCCGGGCCUCGUGGAGGUCGGCCGCUAUGAUGACACCUCACCGGAGGAGAUGCAGGGCAUGAUGGGAUUCAUUGGCAAUCUUGCAAGGUAUGCGCCCCACUUCAAAGGCGCAAUCACUCCGGAAGAAUCUGUUCGCCACGUCAGGUCAACCUGGAAGAAGGCUAGCAUCGACAAUGGGUUUGCUGGUGCCUUCGUCUCGCAUCUUGGAAACAAGCAGUGGGUGUAGACCCCGGAGCUCAAUCCUCACUAGAGUAGAUAGAUAGACUUGUUGAUGUACAUGGUAGCUAUGUCACGCACAGAUGAGUGUGCAGUCACAUAUAAAGACAGAAGAAGCGGAUGAAGGACAAAAUCGAUUGCAAAUGUCCAUCAACGCAGUAGAUCUAGGUGCAAAACUUCAAUUUCGGUUUACCUUCCCUCCA